UUCAGUUUAAUUUAAAGUCAAAAUUAAUAAACUACUAACAAAAUGCGAGAAAUAGUUCAUGUUCAAGCCGGCCAGUGUGGUAACCAAAUAGGAUCAAAGUUUUGGGAGGUCAUAUCAGACGAACACGGUCUGACGCAAGAUGGAAUGUAUGUCGGAGACAAUGAAAUGCAACUUGAAAGAGUGAACGUAUAUUUUAAUGAAGGCUCACGAGGAAAAUACGUUCCGCGAGCCAUCCUUGUGGAUCUAGAGCCAGGGACAAUGGACUCGGUUCGGAGCGGGACAUAUGGUCAUCUUUUCAGGCCUGAUAAUUUUGUUUUCGGUCAUUCCGGUGCCGGUAACAAUUGGGCCAAAGGUCAUUACACAGAGGGGGCCGAGUUGAUUGACCAAGUUAUGGAUGUUGUUCGGAGAGAAUGUGAAGGGUGCGACUGCCUUCAAGGAUUCCAGCUUACCCAUUCUCUUGGUGGCGGAACUGGAUCGGGAAUGGGUACUCUUCUUAUUAGCAAAGUACGAGAAGAAUAUCCAGACCGAAUUAUGAACAGUUUCAGCGUUGUACCAUCACCAAAGGUUUCUGACACGGUUGUUGAACCGUACAACGCUACUCUAUCAGUGCAUCAACUUGUCGAAAACACAGAUGAAACAUUCUGUAUUGACAAUGAAGCGUUGUACGAUAUUUGUUUUAGAACACUGAAACUUUCCACACCUACUUACGGAGAUCUGAAUCAUCUCGUUUCCAUCACCAUGAGUGGAAUCACAACUUCUCUGAGAUUUCCAGGCCAACUCAACGCUGAUUUAAGAAAACUGGCAGUGAACAUGGUGCCCUUUCCUCGGCUCCACUUUUUUAUGCCAGGAUUUGCUCCACUCACCAGUCGAGGUAGUCAACAAUAUCGCGCUGUUACAGUUCCUGAGCUCACACAACAAAUGUUUGAUGCAAAGAACAUGAUGGCUGCAUGCGAUCCUCGAUUUGGACGAUAUCUCACAGUUGCAGCUGUGUUCAGAGGACCAAUGUCGAUGAAAGAAGUUGAUGAACAAAUGCUUCUCGUACAAAAUAAAAAUAGCAGUUAUUUUGUUGAAUGGAUUCCAAACAACGUAAAGGUCGCAGUAUGCGAUGUGCCUCCCCGUGGACUGAAAAUGGCUGCUACUUUCCUUGGAAAUAGCACAGCAAUUCAAGAAUUGUUCAAAAGAAUAUCAGAACAAUUCACUGCUAUGUUUAGAAGAAAGGCUUUCCUUCAUUGGUACACAGGGGAAGGUAUGGAUGAAAUGGAAUUUACUGAAGCCGAAAGUAACAUGAAUGAUUUGAUCAGUGAAUACCAACAAUACCAAGAUGCAACGGCGGACGAUGACGAAGAAUUCGAUGAAGACGGAGAUGACUACGAAGAAGAUCAAUAGUCGGACUGUUUAAGAAAUUACAACAUGAAAAUGAUAAGAGUUCCCUCCGUCAUUUCUUCCGGGGUAUUUUAAAAACACAAUAUUGCAGAAUUGGUUAAUCAAAUGUGUAUUUCGUUUAUAUUUGACUUAUUGGUGGUAAAUGCGUCGAAAUAUUCAUCAAAACAUUAGGCCUAUGACGUAUUUAAUUGCAUGUGUGUUUUGUUCUGCCGUCAAUAUGUUUUGUCAUUCACUUACUGUCGUAUAUUUUGUAUUCUUACAUAAAGACAUUGAGAAUAAACCCAAGUACUACAAGAACAA